AUGUCCAAUAAAGGACAUCUGGUGGCUGGGAUCUACUACAGGCAGCCUGAUCAAGGGGAGCCUGCUGACAAGGCCUUCUUGCUUCAGCUGCAAGAAGCAUCACACUUACAAGCUUUCAUCUUGAUGGGAGAUUCCAAUCACCCGGAUGUCUGCUGGGAAAACAACAAGGCGGACUAUUUCUUUAAAGGUAAAACCGUUUUCAAUCACUGGCUGCCAGGUAUAUGCUACAGUAACAUCACAUUUCAAUUGGUAUCAGAAGCAACCUUCAACAAAAGCACGCUAGUGGAAUACAGCGGGGUUAGGCAUGAGCCCAAGCAACACAGAACAGUUCCUUACCCACCUCGAAACAUUUCUGUUCAGAUUGUGCCGAUCAACAGAAACAAUUGGGAAGAGCACAGCGGGAAUUUUGCAGAAGAAUCAUUCAUGGGACAACAAGAAAUCAUGGGCAAAGAGAAACUGAGCCGUUUUUCUGGUGGCCCACCUGAAAUUCCAGCUGUGAACACAACUGCAGCCUGGCCUGAUUACCGCUCUAACAGUACUGAGUACGAAACCACAUCGCAGCCAUAUUUGUGGUCUAAUGAAGCUGAAUCAUCGGAGGGUGAAGAGGAGUUUGUCAAUGCAGUUCCCAGGGAUUAUGGGGCCAGUGAAGUAAACACAUCUGGAAAACUCACAGCAGAGCCCGCUCCUUUCCUUCCUGUACAAAUGGUGCUGACUUGGUUACCACCAAAGCCACCGACCGCCUUUGAUGGUUUCCAUAUCAGUAUUGAAAGGGAAGAGAACUCCACAGAACUUCUGACAGUCAGUGAGGACACUCACAAAUUUGUUGCUGAACUGAAAGAACCAGGAAAAUAUAAGUUGUCCGUAACAACAUUUAGCUCCUCUGGCUCUUGUGAAGUUCGGGGAAGUCAAUCAGCAAAAACACUCAGCUUUUACAUCAGCCCCACAGGUGAAUGGAUAGAAGAGCUCACAGAAAAGCCCCAGCAUGUGACGGUGACAGUGCUCAGCUCCACUACUGCCCUGACAUCCUGGACAGCCUCACAUGAGAGCGGCAGCAAUGGCACAAUCGUGUCUGUGGUCUCCCUGACUUGUCAGAAGCAAAAGGAAAGUCAAAGGCUUGAAAAACAUUACUGCACAGAGGUAAAUUCAAGCAGCAACCUCAUUGAAAAUCUUGUUCCCGGUGCCCAGUACCAGGUUGUGGUUUACUUAAGGAAAGGACCGUUGGUUGGACCACCCUCUGAUCCUGUUACAUUUUCCAUUGUGCCCACUGGAAUAAAGGAUCUGACACUGUACCCUUUGGGACCUACUGCUGUGGUUUUGAGUUGGAACAGACCUUUUCUUGGGGUGUUCAGGAAAUAUGUUGUAGAAAUGUUUUACUUCAAUCCAUCAACAAUGACAUCUGAGUGGACAACCUACUAUGAAAUAGCAGCAACCAUCUCCCUAUCUGCCUCUGUGAGGAUAGCUAACCUGCUGCCUGCAUGGUACUACAAUUUCCGGGUCACCAUGGUGACCUGGGGAGACCCAGAGCUGAGCUGCUGUGACAGCUCCACCAUCAGCUUCAUAACAGCACCAGUGGCACCUGAGAUUACCUCCAUCGAAUAUUACAAUCACCUUUUGUACAUCACCUGGACCUAUGGAGGAGAUGGUACUGACCUCUCUCAUUCCAGGAUGUUGCAUUGGAUGGUCAUUGCGGAAGGAAAGAAAAAAAUCAAAAAGAGUGUAACACGCAAUGUGAUGACUGCAAUGUUGAGCUUGCCUCCGGGGGACAUUUACAACCUUUCAGUAACUGCUUGUACUGAAAGAGGCAGCAAUACUUCCCUGCCCCAGCUUGUGAAAUUGGAACCAGCACCUCCAAAGUCACUGUUUGCUGUCAACAAGACUCAGACCUCUGUCACUCUGCUGUGGGUGGAAGAAGGAGUGGCUGAUUUCUUUGAAGUCUACUGCCAGCAAGCUGGAUCCAAUCAAGAAAUUAAAAUCCAGGAACCUGUCACUGUCUCUUCACAUGUAGUGACUAUUUCCAGCCUAACUCCUGCCACUUCCUACAACUGCAGCGUGACCACCUUCAGCCACAACAGCCCCAGUGUUCCCACUUUCAUUGCGGUUUCCACCAUGGUCACUGAGAUGAAUCCCAACAUAGUGGUAAUCUCUGUAUUAGCCAUUCUAAGUGUCCUUCUCAUUGGACUGCUGCUGGUGACCCUUGUUGUGCUUAGGAGGAAACAUCUACAAAUGGCCAGGGAGUGUGGGGCUGGAACCUUUGUCAAUUUUGCAUCAUUAGAGAGAGAUGGAAAGCUACCAUAUAACUGGCGUAGAAGUGUAUUUGCUUUCCUAACUCUGCUACCCUCAUGCCUUUGGACUGAUUAUCUUUUGGCAUUUUAUAUUAAUCCUUGGAGUAAAAAUGGACUAAAGAAGAGAAAGCUGACCAACCCUGUCCAGUUGGAUGAUUUUGAUGGCUACAUCAAGGAUAUGGCAAAAGAUUCUGAUUAUAAAUUUUCUCUGCAAUUUGAGGAGCUAAAACUGAUUGGGCUUGACAUACCUCACUUUGCUGCUGAUCUUCCCAUGAAUCGCUGCAAAAAUCGCUACACAAAUAUCCUGCCAUUACGUUACGUUUACGUUCGGUUCCGGUUUACGGUUACGUUCCUAACUAAUAACCAAAAAGUACACAUGCCAGAGCAAAGCAGGUGUUCUGAAGCACUAAACACGUUAGUGCAAAGCACUUGUCUCUUUGUUUUUCAGGGUUACAAUUCACCCCAGGAAUACAUUGCAACCCAAGGACCACUGCCAGAAACUAGGAAUGAUUUUUGGAAGAUGGUUCUACAGCAAAAAUCUCAAAUUAUCGUUAUGCUCACUCAAUGCAAUGAGAAAAGACGGGUGAAAUGUGAUCAUUACUGGCCUUUUACAGAAGAUCCUAUUGCAUAUGGGGACAUUACUGUCGAGAUGCUAUCUGAGGAAGAACACACAGACUGGGUUUAUAGGAAUUUCCGAAUUAGCUAUGCUGAUGAGGUGCAAGACGUGAUGCAUUUUAACUACACUGCCUGGCCAGACCAUGGUGUCCCCACAGCCAACGCCGCCGAAAGCAUCCUGCAGUUUGUGCAGAUGGUCAGGCAGAAGUCAGUAAAGAGUAAAGGCCCCAUGAUCAUACACUGCAGUGCUGGAGUGGGACGAACAGGAACAUUCAUAGCCCUGGACCGGCUCUUACAGCACAUCCGUGACCAUGAGUUCGUAGAUAUAUUGGGCCUGGUAUCUGACAUGAGGUCCUACAGAAUGUCCAUGGUGCAGACAGAGGAACAAUACAUUUUUAUUCACCAGUGUGUGCAAUUGAUGUGGCAAAAGAAAAAGCAGCAGUUCUGCAUAAGCGACGUCAUAUACGAGAAUGUCAGCAAGUCCUAGUUUGGAGUUCCAGGCGGUGAGACCAUGAAGCACACCCAUCUUCCCUCGCUUCCGAUUUUUUUUCUUUUGGUGGCUUGAACCACCAUGAGAGACCGCUGCCUUGCGGUACGCGGACAAUGGGAAACAGAAACUAACUUUCAGAAGCACUGGGGAGAAAAAGCCUUAACAAGCCUGCGGUGUCUUUUGAACUGUUUUAAUUUCUGGACAUUUUUUUAAAUACUGGACCAAAUUCAACUGAACAACAUGAAGGAAAAGACACUAUAUGAUGUGCAUAAAAUAGAGUGCUCCAGAGCAUUGGGUUUUCUUGUUUGGUACUUUCAGUUAUUUUAUUUGUUUCUGUGCAGGUUGGGCUUAAGGUUAAAGUAAGUAAGUGCAAUAUUUUUUUAAGGGUUGAAUGAAGACCUUUCUUCAUGUGUCACUGGUCUGUGCUAAUGUCCAUAGGAGAGCAGGCAUUGUUAGUAUCUAAUAAUACCUCAUUAGUGAAUAGCAAGGCAUGAACAUACAUGAAGAAAUAUGGAGAUUGUGAAAGGGGGGACAGGGGUGCUGGGUACCUGGAUUGAACUGUUUCCUGCAGCCCUGACAUUCUCUGCUUGGGGCCUGGGGAAAUGAAAGACCCAAGGAACAGACUGACCUUCGGAAAUGCAGAGCAUGGAGCCCGAAGCUGAAGCAGGCAGCUGAGGAACGGGGUCAUUGUGGUUUGUGACAGUGCUGCUAGGAAUAAAGCAGAGAGAUUGUUCUUUUCUCCAACCUUUUCAGUAACGCCACUGAGAAGGUUAUUUUUUUUAGAUCAGUCUAAUCCAAGCGCAGCUGAGGUAGCUUUGACUCCAUUUCUAUAGCAUCUAACUGUCUGAGCAAUCUAUGGUGCCUAUACCCCUCAUUUGUUUAUUAUUUUUAAUAAGUAUUAAACCUGUGUAAAAAUGUGAAGCUGAUUCAGGUUGGGUUAAAAAAAAAAUGUGCUUUAAUGGAUGUAACUAUUUUUCCGAGCCAGGAAUUCACGGUGUUACAAAAAUGUUUUUUUUUGGCAUGUGAAGGGAUAUGGUUAUUGCUUUAUUGCUACAAGGCUGCCAAAGCAUCGGGACAGAUUCCUGCAGGGACAUCGGGUCAAGGCGAUGGGCUCUUUUCCUUUUGCUGUCAGUUUCAGUUCUAGUCAGAUUAGCUAUAUAUAUUUUUUUGUCUUUGUAUAAUUCCAGUACAUCAUUGUGUAUUGUGACAUGGAUGCUGUCAGAAUGGAUGUUUGAUGGCAUUUUGUAGCCUGUUGCUUUUUGUCACCUCAUUGGAAGUUAGCAGCAAUGGUAACUCAAUGUAAACAAAACAAACUUGAACUGAAAGUAAACACACUGGAUUGCUUACCUGUGAAGAAGUGACUGUCAGCAAAACAGCAAGUGCACUCACACAUACUUCGUAUUCAUCGCACAGCCAGUGUACCAGAGGUGGCAGCUCAGCCACUUUCAGGAGCCUGAUAUCCUCCUUUAGACAAUGGGUUUAUUUAUUUUUUAAAGUGCUAUUCCUUCAGCUGAUAAAUAGGUGUAUAUUCCUUUAAUAUCUACUCCAUCUCAGUAAUAGUUAUAAUGGAAAACUUCCUUCAAACUCUCCCACACGUGCAACGCAAAACUGCAUAGAUAACACAACCCUUAAAUAAACCAGGUCCUUUUGAAGAGUAUUUAAAGAAAGAAGACUCUACCUCUAAUUAUUAAAUGUGAGGUGAAGAAGUGCACACUUCACAUUUGACAGUUUCCACUGGGUCUACUCCUAAAGCAGGGCUGCCGUGGUUUUAAAUCAGAAGCCUAGAAAUGGAUGCAAAUGGGCAGAGAGCCAUCUUUAGGCUGCUAACAAGAAAGCUUCAAUAAUACCGUUGUUUCUGUUCCUUCACAAAUGCAUUUCAGCUGGAGGGCCUGCCAUGUAACUGGGAAUGGCUAUGAUUUGCUGGCCUAAUUUGAACAGAAGCUAGAGUGAUAAAAGAGCACUUGACAGUCCAGACCUUGCCUUUUUGUUGGUUUAUAUUUCACAGUGUCACCACAUGCUUACUUAGAAAACAUGUUCACACCCCUCUAGAGAACUUCUAGCAGGUAUAAAAAACAACAAAUCCACAAAGGCACAAAUGUUCUUGCUUUCUCACCUACUGCCCUCUGUGCCUUG